CCUAUUUUCUGUUUAACCUUCAUCAUACUUUAUUUCAGUAUUUAUAAAGAAGUUUAUAAAACCUUCACCAGUCUUAUCUGAUUUCUACUUACAGGUUGAGCACACUAUCUUUCACUGGUUAUAAAUUUAAAAGAUCCAGAGUAUUUAUAAGAAAAAAAAAUGGAUUUGAUUGAACAGAAAGAUAAAUUAGAUAUUUCGAACGUUGAUACUCAAAUAAUAAAAAAAACGUCAAGACAUGGACCGUUAUUACCUGAUACUAUACGUGCUAUUAUAGUCGGUCCUAGUGGUUCAGACGCUGAUAAAGUUAUAAAACCGAAUUUAACUAAAAAGAAUUCUGUAAUAAUUUUCGAUGAUGUUUUAUGUGGUCCGCAGUCGAUAAUAAGAGAAUAUUUCGGAAUGUGUAGACAUUCAGGUGCUAGCUCUGUAUUCUAUUUAGCACAAACAUAUUCUAAAAUUCCGAAGCAACUGAUAUGGAUUUCUCAGAAUUUCGGAAAAUUUCUCAUUUCUGCUGGAAUCAUAGUGAUUACGGAUUUAUGGUUAUUGAUAAAACACGUGAAAUGAAUGAAGGUAGAUAUAGAUGUGGUUUUCAUACUUUUAUUAAAAAAAAAUAAGUAUAUAAAUAUAGUUGUAAUAUAGACAAAAUCUACAUAGCAUUAUCUUUAGUUGAAGGAAACAGAUAUAUUAAGUUCAUUAUUUUCAAUGAAUAAAGAUAAAGUUUUGUUAAAAAAUUUGAUAUUAUCAAAAAAAAAUAUCAAACGUAAAAUAAUGAACAUGAAGCGUGGUGUUAUAGAUUCUGAUAACUAUUUUCGCGAAACAUUUAUACCUUUAC